AUGAAGCUAGUUACCUGGAAUGUUAGGGGACUAAAUAAAGUUUAUAAGCAUGGAGAGUUAAUAAAGUAUAUGAAGGGGAAUAAGACUAGUAUUAUAGCAAUCAUAGAGCAUAGGGUGAAAGAGAAGUUUGCAGAAAAAAUAGUAAAAAAGAUCUGGCCAUCUUGGAUGUGGUGUCAUAACUACCCCACUGAUGGGAAAGGAAGACUUUGGGUAUUGUGGGACCCAAAUGAGAUUCAUUUUGAUAUGGUAGGUUGCAAGGAGCAGUAUAUUCAUGGCACAGUUCUGGCACAUGCUAUGAGGGAAAAAUUUAACUUUACAGCCAUAUAUGGAUUGCAUACAGUUGAAAAGAGGAAAAGUUUGUGGACUGAUUUGCUUAGCUUGCAGCACAACGUACAGGGCCUUUGGAUUUGUAUGGGUGACUAUAAUGCAAUGCUUGCACUAGAGGACAGAGUAAUGGGUAAUCCUGUGGUGGAGGCAGACAUUAGAGAUUUCAAACAGUUCCUAGUUGAUGCUGCUAUGACUGAGAUGAGGACUGUGGGGAGGGAUUAUACGUGGACCAAUGGACAUGUACUGAGCAGGAUUGAUAGGGCCAUUGUGAAUUCAAACUGGAUACAACAAUAUCCCCAACUGGAAGCCACUGUGUUGGACCCUUAUUUUUCUGAUCACUCCCCUUUAUGUGUCAAAUUUGAUGACCUUCUGAUGAAGCCCAAACCAUUUAAAUUUUUCAACCACCUAACACAACACCCCGAAUUUCUUAAUCACGUCAGAUCAGCCUGGGGGACUCAAACAGCUACUAGGAUGGCACCAGUUUGGAACAAGCUCAAACAAGUUAAAUUGGCACUCAAGAGCCUAAACAAUACUGAGUUUGCGGGGGUCGACACGAGGGUAAAGAUUGCUAGGCAGCAGUUGAAGGAUAUACAAGAGAAGAUGAGAAGCAUGAAUACCCCGAGUGCACUGUUUGGGUCAGAGAAAGAACUAAGAAGGCAACUGGAGAAAUGGAGUACCAUUGAGGAGAGUGUCUAUAAACAGAAGUCCAGGGUGCAAUGGCUCAAAUUGGGGGAUUCAAAUACUGCUUUUUUCCAUGCCUCAAUAAAGAAUUGA